AUGGACGACAAUCUUGACCGUCCAAUGUGGGCCGAGUGGUGUCCGAGAUGUAUCCAUCAAGGGGCUCCCAAAGAUUUGGUCAUUAAGUUCAACCAGCUGAGCCGUCGCGCGUCGCCUCCCUUGGACCCAGACAAUAUCCAGUGCAUCGACGGGUCGAAUUUCCUCCCGGCAGUGGAAUCACUCUGGAGCAAGAAAGGACACGGGUUCGACCAGCUCGAACGGAUCCUACGACCCGACACCCAAGGGACAGACCCGGCCACUGGGCCGCGGACGUUGAAGCAUACGGUCCAGCGGCGCUUCCAGGCGAUCUUUCUUGACAGCAUCCAGGACCACCGGCUUGCCAACAACGGGAGGAUGUUCGAAUUCUACUGUACCUGCGGUGCGCCACAAGCCCCGGUCCCCAUCGCUAAUCACCGGAUCUACCCCUUUCCCAACGCCUUGCACUGGGCGCUGGCCAAGGACUCGGCCGACCAGAUCCGACUGGCAAUCACAUGUGGACUGCAGUCCAAGACGCCCGUCUUCUACGGAUACACCCUGCUGGGCGCGGCGAUCCUGGCCAAAGCGCACAACGUGAUCCGGUACCUGUUCUCCCACUACAGGUGGCGCUACCCGGAGACGGCGGACAGAUAUCUGAUGGCGCAAGUUAACUGGGUCGGCAGGAACUGCUACAAGAGCCCGCUGGAGCUGGCGCUCGUGAUCAGGGACAAGCCCACGGUGUGGCUGCUGCUGGAACUCUAUGGCCACGGCAACCCACUGGUGAUGCGCGCCCCGCUCCUCGUGCAGCUCUGUAACUCCUCCGCAACCGGUGUCGCGUCCAGCCUGAACUGGCUGAUCAAGAAGAUCGGGGUCGACCUGCUGGGCUCCAACCGGCAACCCAACGAGCUGCCGGUGCAGCUGACCAUGGCGCCGGAAGAUAAUCCCCUUCAGGGCACCGACCCGGCGGUCUACCUGCUGCGCCAGGCAAUCACCAACGGUCAUUGGGAGCCCGAGCACUGCAGCAAGCUCCUGUCUAUUCUGUUGGAGCAGCUGAGGCUCAAUCGCGACCCUGCGGCGCGGCUCGCUCUGUUGAACGACAAUCUCCUCGAUCCGUACACAGCGCAGAACCAGCCACCUCCGCUUGCCUGGUGCCUCAAGGUCGAAAACAUGCCCGCCUUCAGCGAGCUGGUCCGCGAGGAGGGCAUGGACCUGGACCGGCCCUUCGUGAUAUUCGAAGGCAGCCGGUUGUACACGCUGCUCUCCUACGCGGUGAGCAAGGAUCAGCCGACGGCCGUUGACAUGCUGUUGCAGUAUGGCUGCAACACCGAGCCCCGCGGCCCCGUUUCGUACCACGCCAGGAACCCCCCCUACCCCAGCCCCUGGAAGGAGCUCGUCGACAUGGUGAUAGAAAGAACCAAUGAUCCGCACCCGGCCGGCGGGAUCGUGGGCUUGGACCAAGCCUUUAAUGAGUCUGGCUCGAUGUUCAGGAAGAUGACGAGCAGACUUAUCCCCCAUGUUGACCCCCGCGUCUUCGUAACAGGUAUAUACGAAUUCCCCGAAUGGAUAGACCUGGUUAAGGACCUUAUUAGUGGUCCGCAAAUCAGAGCGGUGCGUCAGAUGUUAGAUGACCAUGGCUAUUAG